AUGGCGGACGUCCGGUCCAAGAACCUCUAUGAGCUUCUUGGAAAUGAUCCCGAGUUAGACCCCAACAGAGAGCCCGAGCCUCCCACGAGGGCCCUAGACAAGCCUACUCCUCGACAUGGCAAGCGUGAUGCUCCCAAGGAAGCCCCUGUCCGCCCCACCGAGGGUGGUGCUCCCCGCCGUACUGGAAAGUUCAGUGGUAACGAGGCCGCUUUCCGUGACCGCACCGCUGGCAGCCGCAACAACCGCGAGAAGCCCGUUGAGGAGGCUGGCAAGGAGCCCAGCAACCGUGGUCCCCGUACCGCUCGCCGUGACCGCCAGUCCCGCACUGGUCAGACUGACACCCGCAAGCAGGUGAACCAGGGCUGGGGUAACCAGGAUGGUGAGAAGACUUGGGAUGAUGAGAGGGCUGGCGAGAACAUUGCCCAGACCGAUGAGAACGAGCCCCAGACCCCCGCUGAGGAGAAGCCCGAGGAGCCCGUUGACAAAUCCAAGUCCUACAACGACUACCUCGCCGAGAAGGCUGCCCGUGGAGACCUGAGCGCGAAGCCCGUCCGCUCUGCUAACGAGGGUGCCAAGACCGACAAGAAGUGGGCUGGUGCCAAGGAGUUCAAGCGUGAUGAGGAGGAGGAAGCCUACAUCAAGGGCAAGGAGGAGAAGGGCAAGCGCGAGAAGCAGCGCAAGGAGAAGAACUUCCUUGACGUCGACAUGCGCUUUGUUGAGGCUCCCCGUGGCGGCUCCGGUGCCCCCCGCGGCCGUGGUGGACGUGGUGGCCGUGGCGGUGCUGGCCGUGGCGACCGUGGCGACCGUAGCGACCGUGGUGCUCCCCGCGGUGACCGUCCUGCCGCCCGUGGAGGCCGUGGUAACGGUCCUCGCAGCGAGCGCCCCGCCCCCGUCACCGUUGACGAGAAGAACUUCCCCAGCCUUGGCGCCAAAUAA